UCUCGUAGGGGGCGGGGGCUUGGGGUCAUGACUGUUGUACAGGGGCGGGGCUUGUACAGGAUUUCCGGUAGGGCUAGAGGGCGUGGUUCAUGCAGUGGGCGGAGCUUGGAGGGGCCGGGAUAGCACUUCCGGGGGGGAGGGGGCGCGGGAGCGAUGGCUGCGGGGUGCGGGUGGCGGCGGCGGGCGCUGCGGCUGUUGACGGCGGGCGGUGCGGUGCUGCUCACCCGCUUCCCCUUCUGGCACUGCUUUAGCGGGCUCCUGCUCUGCGCCGAGCGUGCCGGCGGCCGCCGGAAGCCGGACAUCCCCGUCCCCUACCUGUACGUGGACAUGGGGGUGGCCGUGCUCUGCGCCAGCUUCAUGUCCUUUGGGGUGAAGCGCCGCUGGUUUGCCCUGGGGGCUGCCCUGCAGCUCGCAGUGGCCACCUACGCUGCCCACAUUGGCGGCCACGUCCACUACGGUGACUGGCUGAAGGUGCGGAUGUACUCCCGGACCAUCGCCAUCAUUGGCGGCUUCCUCAUCCUGGCCAGUGGCGCCGGCGAGCUGUACCGGCAGAAACCGCGCAGCCGCUCUCUGCAGUCCACGGGCCAGGUCUUCCUUGGCAUCUACCUCAUCUGCCAGGCAUACUCCCUGCAGCACAGCAAGGAGGACCGCCUGGCCUACCUGAACCACCUCCUGGGUGGGGAGCUGGCUCUGCAGCUGCUCUUUGUGCUCUACGGGCUGCUGGCUCUCGCCUUCCUCUCGGGGUACUACGUGCGUGCGGCGGCGCAGGUGUUGGCUGUGCUGCUGCCCCUCGCCAUCCUCCUCAUUGAUGGCAACAUCGGCUACUGGCACGACUUGCGACGCGUCGAGUUCUGGAACCAGAUGAAGCUCAUUGGGCAGAACGUUGGCAUCUUUGGAGCUGUCGUCAUCCUGGCUACGGAUGGCUGAUUCUUUUAGAGAAUUGGCGCUAUUUAUUCUUUUUUUUUGUUUUUUAAUUUGUAAAUAUUUGAUAGCUUUGCCGGUGGCCGGGGCGGGCACUGCCCCGGGUUGAGGGAGGGCUGGGGGGCUCCUGCCUGCAGGGUACUGGCCACUGUGUGGCCAGGCCCCCUCCCCGUCGGGGUCCCCAUGCCCCGGGAGUGUUUUUACUGAUGAAAUGAGAGAUC